AUGAAUGAGAACGUGUACUUUGGCGAUGAUUUUGGCCAGAAGAUUGAUUUAACAGUCCGUAUACGUGAGAUCCUGCGCAAUUAUCCUGAGGGCACAUCAAUUUUCAAGGAAAUGGUCCAGAAUGCCGAUGAUGCCGGAGCCACGGAAGUGAAUUUGUGUCUGGAUUAUCGCCAACAUGCGACUACGAAGCUCGCAUACGAGAAACUUGGGCCGUUCCAGGGUCCGUCGCUGCUCGUGCACAAUAACGCUACGUUUACUGAUGCCGAUUUCCAGUCCAUUCAGCGGAUUGGCGAUUCACUCAAGAAGGACAACUCCAAAGGGUGGAAAACUGGACGCUUUGGCGUCGGUUUUAAUUCUGUCUAUCAUGUGACCGAUCUACCAGCGUUUGUUAGCGGCUCCCAAUUGGUUUUCUUCGACCCUCAGGCUUGUCAUUUGCCAAACGUCAACCCAAGCAACCCAGGAAAAAUGAUUGACUACAUAGCGCAUCCUGAUCUUGUGAACAAAUUUCCUGACCAAAUUUCUCCAUUUCAAUGUUUUGGGUGUCAUUUUACUGCGCCGUUUUCGGGAACAAUUUUCCGCCUUGCGCUUCGAACGGUAGAGCAAGCGCAGCGGAGCAAGCUCUCUCAUCGCGCCCAAACGCCUGCACAAAUGGCAGAAAUGCUCAAAGAGUUUGCAGACAGCUUGCCGACUGUGCUGCUGUUUUUGCGCCACGUGUGCAAAAUAUCGAUUUGGGAAUGGAGAGUGGGUGAAGAAACCCCAACCAUUUUGCAAGAAGCUUCACUUAACAAUAUGACGUUCGAGAUCAAGGCGAAGCGGUCAUUGCAACACGCUACGCUGGCAUCGUCUGGUCAAUCUACCCAGAAAUUUUCCACCAAAGGAAUUAUCUGCGACUAUCCAUUGAAAAUCGUAGCUCGUGAUUGUACCGCGAAUUUGUCGAAGGAGUACGAGUACUUGAUUAUGAAUCAGCUAGGUGGUGGAGAAUGCUCAAAGAUUGCUUGCAAUCCAGCCAAUGUCGAUCAGCGUUUAGUUCCAUGGGGUGGAGUAGCUGUUUCCACCACCGCUGAUUUCACAAUUGGUGCUACUUCUGGCUUGGCUUUUUGUUUCUUGCCAUUGCCAACACAUACGUACUUGCCUGUGCAUGUUAACGGUUACUUCGAGCUCUCAUCAAAUCGUCGCGACAUUUGGUUUGGCGAGGGUCUAAGCGGGGAAGGGCUGCUUCGAGCUCAGUGGAAUCUUGCAUUGCUUCGCAAUGUGAUUGCACCGUGCUAUGCUCGAGUGAUCUUGCACUUGGCUAGUGAGCAACUUAUGGCUCCUGACCAACAUGUCAAGUUGCUGCCGAAAGCACUCCCACCAGCACCUUGGGACUGUCUAACGUACUCGUUUUUCUCAUUGAUUCGCAGUGAACCGUGUCUAUACAGCGAAGUUGGAGGUGGUCGAUGGGUGUCUCCCACGAAAAGCAUGGUAGUUCGCAGUAGUUGUCCGAAUUCAAAGGAGCUCGAGCAGCUAAUGAUCGAUGACGGCUUCCCUAUUGUCAGAAACUUGGCAGAAGAUCUUGAGCGCGUUCUGGUUAAGACGACAACAAUACCGUCGUACGUUGAACCACAGACCGUGCGAGAGGCAUACAAAACGAAGCAUUCUGUCCACGGAUGUAACCAAGAUGCAAUUGAGUGCCUGCUAAGCUUCAUGUUGAGCGAUCUAGAGACAUGCACUUUAAAUGCUCUUGUCGGUGUCAAGUUUCUCCCUGUGGCCGACGGAACUCUUCGAACAUUCGAAAGCCGUCCCAAGUUCGAUCCUAGUGAGCUUGAAUACUUGCGUUCAAUGGGAUUUUCGCAACUACAUGCAAUUUAUGCGCUUACAGUCGCCGGUGACGAUGGAGUAGAAACAGCACUAAAUUGGUUGCUUCAGAAUCCUAAUCCAUCUGUUGUAUGUGGAGAAGGACCGAGUACCCUGUUUUUAAUCCCUAGCCGUGAAGAAUUGGCAAUACUGGAUAGGGCGCGUGGUCACUUAGUGAACAUCGAGGCUAUCCAUCAAAGUGGGCUAGACCUUCUUACGUCAGACGUGGCAGGAGAGCUCCUGAAUAUGCAGAAGCUAGAUUAUCUGGGGUUUGAAGAUAUGCUAGCAGUGGUACUGCCUGCCACGUGGUUUGGAAAGCAAUCAGUACCUUGGACUGGAACAUCUGACGGGCACACACCAAACGAGGAAUGGUUUCGGCAGCUCUGGAAUUACAUAGGUAAAAGCAAGCAUCUCUCGACAUUUAAGGAGAAGUGGCCAAUUGUCCCAACGUCCUCAGACACAUUAGCGCAGUUGAGUCGUUCAGCUGGUGUGCUGAGUGCCGAACUUAUCCCUGACGGUUGCCUCCGGUGCUUGCAAAAGCUACAAGUUCGGCUCCUCCUACCAAAUCUGUUUGCGUCUUUUCAACCUAAUCCAGACGUAUGGCAGUACAUUCAUCAGCCUACAGCUGUCGGCGUGCUGUCUUGUAUUAAAGUGAUCAUUGUUGUAGGAGACAGCUUGGCAAUGCCAACUCGGGUGAACGAGUUGUUUGAACACACUACUAGAUCAGAUAGGGAGCACCUGCUUACGUUUCUUUUGUCCGCAGUACUUGAAGAUGUCGACUCGGACCUCAAGCACAUCUGCUGCAAUCUACCAAUUUUUUCGGGAUUUCGAGAUGUUUCUCGCGUCGAACGGCGCGACGUUCGGUGGAUAAGUAGCGACGAUGAUCUCGAAACCAUGGAUAGUGGUUUUUUUCCUACGUUUGUUUCAGUUGCAGAGAUCAAGGCGCGCUGCCACGAACCGCUGUUAUGUAUGGGAGUUGCUCCAAAGUUUCUCGACGACAACUUCAUUUUUGUAAGUGAAGGUGAUACAUUACUAUCAAGUUUUUUGGCUCACUUAGGCGUUCUUCGGAUUUCAAAAGUGGAGUUUUUUGCAAAGUACUUGAUUCCUCGCUUCAAUCGCAUUGAACCCAAUGUACGCGUGAAAUUCGUCUACGAACUACUGGUGGAACUAUCUACUUUGCUAUCGCAGGAUAGUGAUGGGAUUUUGCUAAACAUUAUCGAGACCGCGGCAAUAUUUCCUACAAUGACGGGAGACAUGAAGACCAUUAAUGACUUGUAUGACCCAGAGAUUGAUGAAUUUAUUGAAAUUAUGGACGAGUCAUUUUUUCCGGCCCUUGAGCUUCAAGAUCCACAGCCCCUUUCUGCAUUAAGAUCGAUUGGUCUACAGCGCGCAUUGUCACGCCGAUCCAUUUUGUCGUUAGCAGUGUCAAUAGAGCAGGACCAAAUGAAAAUCUCGGCAGCUAGUCCUGAGCUACAGCAAAACAAGGAGCUGGAUGAAAUGUGUGAAAAGCUGCGGGUCCGUUCCCUUAACUUUUUUCAGUAUGUGGACACGCACAUGAGCCAAUUAAUAACCCCGACACCACUUCAAAGGCAAUCACAGACUCAAACAACGAAAAGCAAAAAGAGCAAGGGCAUUCGCUUUUUGCGGAAUUUCUUAGGCGAGGAUCGCUUAAGUGCACUCGACAGAGUAAUUGAUGAUAGUUUGCCUACUGCAGAAGCACUGGAGGCGCAAGCAAUAGAGAGAGCUGAGAUCGAAGAUUUUAAAGCGAAAUUAGCGAUCAUCGUGUGGGUCCCGGUGUGCGAGGAGAAGCCACAUCCCACAGUGCCAUGGUACAAACACGGAGAGCGAAUUAUUGUUGCGUCUCCACAGCAAUCUCGACCAAUCAAACAUUUGUGGCUAUGCUCGUCACAAUUCCACAUUAUUAAGAGCUCGGUGCAUUCGGAGGUAUUGCGAAGCGUCUUGGGGUGGGAAAAGCGCCUACCAAUUGACACAAUCGCAGUUCAGUUAAAGGAGAUCUCCCUCAUGUUUGACAACCGGAGAUCACGAGAUGAAAGCGGUCUGAAUUCGAAAACUGUUAGUGGUGGGGAUACACACGUAGUUUGGUCGGCAGUGUACAGCAUAUACCAGCUCCUAUCGAAAUUUUUUGAGACUGAGGAAGGAGACCGUCGCAACCAGGUGUUAAGGAUCCUAUCUGGAAAUGGCAAAUACGUUUGGGUUGGUGACCGCUUUGUAUCGGCAAGCCAUGUGGCAACAGUAGCUGUCGUGAAUGCCGAACCGUACAUGUAUACGGUUCCUAAUGAAUUACUUCACUUCCGACCCUUUUUACGAGCGAUUGGCGUCCAAGAGAGGUUUGCGUUAGCAGACUAUGUGCAUGUUCUUGGAGUGAUGCACAAGGAAUGUUUGGCUGGAGCGAGUACUGGCGACGAUGAUGUUAAGGCCGAUCAUCUAUCGGGUGAUAAACUGGCAAUGGCAAUUGGGUUGAUCCAGUUGAUUAGUGAUACGCUACCGCAUCACUCUGAUUACGAGUUAUUCGCUCCCAACCGAAAUGGUGCUCUUGAAUUUGCAGCGAAUUUAACAUAUGAUGACGCUCCAUGGUUAGAUAAGCGCGACUACGAGACUUUUUUGGGGUCUGCACGAUUUAUUCACCCUAAAAUCUCGAAUGAAGUGGCUGCAAAAAUCGGAUGUUGUUCUCUGCGGAGCCAGUUGCUAAGUGAAAGUGGCCAUGAGGCAAUGUCUUUUGGCGGUGAAGGUGAUGUGGAGGUCUUCGGUCAGACAGAAGCGCUAACAAAGCGGAUUGCGCACAUACUGGAGCAGUAUCCUGACGGACCAAACAUUAUUAGUGAGCUUAUUCAGAACGCUGAUGACGCUGGGGCAACUCGUGUGUGCGUGCUCUACAAUAGUUGCUCGUAUGGAACUUCGUCGCUGUUAAGUCCAGCCAUGGCGAAAUGGCAAGGACCAUCGCUGUUUUGUUAUAACGAUGCUGAGUUCAGUGAUGGCGAUUUUAUUAACCUCGCACGCAUUGGUCAAGCCAGCAAACUGCAACGUGCAGCUACUACUGGACGGUUUGGACUAGGAUUUAACUCGGUGUAUCAUUUUACAGACCUACCUUCCAUUGUUUCAGCCAAGUCUAUUGUGAUGUUCGAUCCUCAUGCUACCCACUUGCCUGGAAUCUCGGCUGCCAACCCGGGAAUCAAGAUUCGAUUUGCAAAUGCAAGUAUCGUAAAGCAGUUUCCUGACCAAUUUGCACCGUACAAAGAUGUGUUUGGAUGUGACCUGGAGCACCAUUACAGGGGGACUUUGUUUCGAUUUCCACUCCGGAAUAUCGCCCUUGCAGAAUGCAGCGAAAUCAAGCGUCGAGGCUACUCUCACCACGAGAUUGUGGAAUUAUUUAAAAACUUCCAGGGAUCAAUUGUUGAUUUAAUGCUUUUCCUUCGAAAUGUUCGCAAAGUGGAAGUAUAUUUUCAAUCAGAAAUCAAUAAACCGCCUAUACUUCUCUAUGGUGCAGAAGUACCUGAAGGAGAUCGUGGUGAGUCGUGGCGUAAGAUCGAUCGAUUCAUGCACAAUGAUGGAUUAUCGAGAAGCAUACCUGGUAUGACGGAGUUAUCCGCUAAAAGAGAGUUCUAUGAACGCUUGCGAUCCACGCCAACAAAUGAACUACCCUCUGUGACCCAGGUGCUCCAUAUUCGGCGACGACAACAUAAAGAUCUGGAAAAAAUGUUUCACAGGUUUGGUGGUGAAUCAGGAUACCCAAGGACCCAAACGUUAGAAGCUGCUAAAGAAUGUCUGAUGGAUGAAACGGUCGAAAAAUAUUUGGUAUGCAACCAAAUUGGUGGCGGGAAGGCCCGCGAGAUGGCCUGUGCUGCUGAAAACGAGUCGUUGAAGCUUAUUCCAUGGGUCGGUAUUGCCGCUCGCAUUGACGGAAUGCCUAUCGAUGGGCGGGCUUUUUGUUUUUUGCCUCUUCCUGUACGAGUCGGCUUACCUGUUCAUAUCAAUGGUUACUUUGAGCUGUCCUCGAAUCGGCGCGAUAUUUGGAUCGGAGAUGACAUGAGUGGCGAUGGAAAGCUGCGGUCCGAAUGGAAUGCAAGCCUAUUGGUAGAUGCGGUCGCUCCUGCUUACUUGACUUUCCUGCUGGAAGCAAAAGCUAUGUGUGAGGAAAAUCCCUCUCAAUAUUUGUCGUUUUUUCCGACAAAGCUGCCUGCUAGUCCAUGGGAUAGCAUCGUGCUUGAACUAUUUUGUAUCAUGAAGAACCGCCCGAUGGUUUUCGCGUCAACGACCCAACUGAUGAGUAAUACAUCCGUGGAGAUCUCCAGGAAAACCGUUGCUCCAAGCUCCUGUGUUUUGGUGGAUGACAAUCUUAGUGACUGCAAAAUUCUCGAGUUUGCACUAAGUGCCGCAUCACUAGUGACCGUGCAUGUUCCGGUAGCUCUACGCAACUUAUUAAUUCAGCUUGAUGCCGUCUACGGAGCGAUGACACCUGUCUUUUUCCGGCAACUGACGGGACAAGGAAAUUUUCUGCCUGCCUUGAAUCCAACUACUCUCAAGCGAGUUGUUCAGUUCUGCUUAUCAGAUUGUCAAGGCUCGUCCGACUUACUCGCAGAAACUCUUAGCCAACUACCACUGUUGCCCUUAAUGGACGGAAAGUUUGGAAGGAUUUGUUUCAAUGAAAAAACUCUGCGAAGCAGUGACUCGGACUGGCAAAGCGAAAAACAGCAGCUGACCUACUUUUUUGGAAAUGCCAUAGAAGAACAACUUUUGGCCGAUUUCCCGCAUCGUGUAGUAUGCAGGGAGUUUAAGGAACUAUUUGACCAACUGCCCUUCGUAUACGAGAACUCGAAUCUCAGCGGGGUAGAUCUAGAAGCUAUACUGGCUAGUUUUUUGCCGCACGUGCUUGGUCGGUGUUGGAGUAAACCGGAGGAAGAUGUCUUCACUCUUCACCAGACUUCACAAUUGGAGGACAAAAAAGAUUGGAUACGGCUACUGUGGAAGUAUGUGGAAGCUCAGUUACAGACGAUUGAGCAGCUACCUCAAGCUUUCACGAAGUGGCCGUUGGUUCCCAUUAUGUGUGACGAUGAAAACCAAUGGGUUUGCCUAUCUGCAAACGUUAGCCUUGUUCUUCCUCACUCGGAGGCACCUGCACUGUCGCUGGAUGCUCUCCGUCAGCUGCAACAUACGCUGGCAAAAGUGGGGAUUCAUGUUAUGAACACGGUGUACGUGACCGGUGAAAGGAGCGCGCAAUGGUUGUUGGCACAUAAAUAUGCUUACAAACUGACUUCAAACGGUCUUCUGGCGUCCUUAUGCCGCUAUCAGCUCCGACAGAACAGGCAAAGUUUUGAUGAAAUUUUUGCUGCGACGACGUCAGCUGAUCGACAAGUGUUGUGCGACUUUUUUUUACAAAAUACGUUUGAUGCCAUAGCAAACGACUUCCUGCCAAUUCUCUUCGAGCUUCCGAUAUUUCCUGUACACGGUAAGCCCGUAUUCAACGCCGCUAGCACCCAACAUGAUGACAACGUGCAGUUUGUCAGCUUAAGGCGAGGAGGAUACUUACCUGGUACGGAUGCCGAUACCAGAAUCCUUAGCGAUUCGUUUUUUCGUGUCGAGAAAGAAGCAACGAGGAGAUUUCUUCGUGAUUGCGGAAUUGAAGAACUGACCUACACAGCAAUUUUAUUGGAUCAUAUUUUUCCGCAACUACCGGUCUUGGAAAAGCAAGAUGGAGAUUUAGUAGAUGCUGUGAUCAUCGGUGCACUGGAGACACUUCCGUUUCAUCAGCGAAAUAACGAGCGAUUUCGCGAAAUUAUUUCAACUCAUGCAGUUAUUCCUUCUAGGAAACGAAUUUUUCGUGCUGUCAAUCAGCUCCAUGAUCCUAGUGUGAGCGAGCUGAGUGAGUUGGUGGGUGAGAAUAGUCUGCCUGCCCACGCAUUUUCAACCUCAUCCAUAGUUGGAAUUCUUCGGUCACUUGGGCUUCGCACUGGACUGUCCUGCCACGCGGUGUUGGAAAGUGCACGCUCCAUCGAAACGAUGUAUAGAGACGACGACGUAGAGUCCGCUGGCCGAGCUUGUCUAAAGGCCCACAGUUUGCUCUCAAUUGUUAACAAGCACUUUGACUCUAUGAUGUCGGAGUCUGCCUCAAGUGAUUGCACGGCUGACCAAGAAGAACAUAGUGAAAAGCGAGCAAUGAAGGAGAUUGUGGCGGUCUUGAAAGAAGUUCAGUGGUUGCCUGUUCUAAUCAAGUCACCUGACCCGGCGAUGCCAUGGAAAAUUUCAACUACAAGCGGCGGCCAGCAAGCACUCCUUUCGAAUGCGCUGAACAUGCGGCCGCUAAAAGACGCGUGGUUUUGCUCGUCGUCAAUGAAUAUACUGGACGGUGAGUUGACAUCAGAGACACUUAUUGCCGAGUUUGGGUGGCAAGAAAAAGUCGGCCCUCUUGUGAUUGCAAAGCAGCUUGAGGCAAUUGGAUCGUUGUGGGAAGAAUACUGUCGCAAGAAAGAGACCGGAGCUCUGCUAUCGUCCUCAAGUUUGCCCAAUUGGCGUUUUCCGUUGUCAGAAGUGCACCUAAUGUAUGAAGAUCUGGAGAACUAUCGACUAUCUGACGAAGGAGGCUGGACGAUAUCUCCUUUCUAUCGUAAGCUUGCAAAUGCUCUGUGGAUCUGGACUGGCAAAGGGUUUGCUUACCCGUGCCAAUUCGCAGUGAACGCGCACGCUAGCCUAGAGCCGCUUUUGUAUUGCUGCCCAAGCGAGCAUAUUAUCCCGCGAUCGCUUCUUGCUUCAUUUGGCGUAAAAGAGACUUUUUUUACGGUCGACUACCUGGAGGCGAUCAUGAGGCUACCACGUAAUGUAGUUUUGAGUCAGAAGCAAGUUGUGGCAUGCCUAAAAAUCUAUGAACUUGUGGCGGAAGACAGACUGGCAUUAGAGUCAGCGCUAGAUUCUUUCGCUUCACAAGAAAUGGUUCUACUGGAUCAAGGCAACCACUUGGUUCCUGCUGUACAGUUAACGUUUGAUGACAUGGAGUGGGACAAAUCGCGAGAAGUUCGACGAGGAGCAACUUUUGUAUCAAAGAAAGUUCCGCACACUGUUGCACUCCUGCUGGGUGCCGCAUCGUUGCACUCGAAGCUUGCACAGACUUCAGUGACAAGUCGGCAUGUCGUUUGUCCAUCCGCUGCUGCGCUGCAGAGUGUGCUACCACCUCAAUCGGAGUGGCAUCAUGCGCUGCUUUGGGAAACAAUUUUUGCAGCCGACCGAUUUGGAGGUACUCGAGUUGACUUUUUUCUGGAUAGCCGUCAUCACUCAUCGCAACGCGUGAUCGAGCCGUCGCUGCAAUCUCUUCAAGAUGAAGCACUGUGCAUUCACAUCCACGACGUGGUUCUGAGCGAAAACGACAUCAACAACUUGUUUCACAGUGAGUCUUCCGGUGCAGGGCUUCUGUGUGGGUUUACUGCGUCAGACUGCAUGCAAAUUCUCAGUGGAGAGGGAUUUUACAUUUUGGACCCAACGGGGUGCUACCUAUCAUCUUCUGCUGGGGCAGCGAGAGCAUUGAUAUCAGCAUCAGGUCGAGCGGCAUGCAUUGGAAGACGAUAUGAAGUGCUAAGCCAAGAUUUCGUUCGAUACCCGGACCAGCUACUGCCAUUUACAACUCUUCCUUCAUGCCCGAGCAAUGUGUCGCGUGGGACUCAAAGCACUUUGAUUCGAUUUCCCUGGCGUAAAAUGGGGUCGGCUGUGUCGUCGUAUGUACUGGAUUCAAGCAAAGCAGAGAAACUGAUUACAUUUUUGAAGUCGCAGCUAUACCAGACGUUAAUUUUCACGCAGUCCGUUCACCAUCUUUCACUUUGGAGUGUAGGUGAGGAAUCUAAUUGUCAUGGCGUAGUGUCUCUUGAUGCGCCCGAGCUUACACUUCGAAAGCGCAACAUGACCCGCCAAAACCAAGAGUGGAAGAAAAAAUUCUCACUGCAGAGCUUUUUCAAGAGCGCAGUGAUCCCUGAAAACCAAAUGGAGUUCACUGUUAAUCUUGAGCUAGAAAAUCGAUUACAUCGAGAUACAUGGCUGUUCGCGGAUAAUAUUGGAUUGGGUAGAAGUCGCGAUUUGGCAUGCACCCCAGUUCAUGAGAUGCUCCAUUCGACUCCGUACGUAAGCGUAGCAAGUCAUAUCUUACGCAACAGUAGCCCAGCUCCAUGUCUUCGUGGUAGCGUGUACGAGAUCAUAAACACUGGCCAGUUUGUGGGGCUCCCAGUCCACAUCAACGGUUGCUUUAAGAAGACAAAAGAUAAGAAUCUAGCUUUGACAGGAUCUUCGAACCAAAUUGGUAGAGGAGAUGCUGAUGGUGCAAGCGGCAGUGAGGAGCAGAUUGCAGCGGGUUGGAACCGUAUUUUAUUGGAAGAUGGUGCUGCGGACGCGUACGCAAAGCUUCUUAUGGUUGCAAAACGGUAUUACGCAAGGAAGUCCCCUAGGGCACUUUACAAUAUCUGGCCGACAUUACAAAAGCGGAGAGGCGAGAAAGAGCUUGGUACCUUAGUACAGACGCAUACAUACCAUUCGAUUGGAACGCGGGAGUUGUUUUUAUGUACGGACGGCAUGUUUCGUGCACUAAGCGGCGGGUACCAGCUUGAUUUGGGUGGCAUGAACAUUCAGGUGGCAUCAUUUGCUCAGCUUCAUUUUCCAGCGUUUGACGUACCGAAAAGGAUUUUGCAAGAUUGCUCACGGCUUCUGCCCUCUAGUAUUUACACGGUUACGCCAAAAGCAAUGCGUCGAUUCUUGAGAAGCGUGAGCAGUUCCGAGGUUCACUCGGACAUUUGCCUAUCCUUGCUCGAGUAUUGCCUGAGUGACCUACCGUUUCCGUUACCAAGUGAGACGGAUCCGUUAUGGGCCGAAUUUCAUGGGCUCUCUCUACUUCCGCUAGAAGAUGGGAGCAUUGGCGUACUUCGAGUAAAUCAACGUCGCACAAGUUAUGUGCUUGCGUCAUUCAAUCAGAUUGAGUUGCUACGGCCACUUGGCCACCUCUUUGUAUCUCUGGUGGCAUCCGAACGUCUUCACAAGUUCUUCUCGGAAGCUCGGUUUACCUCCGUGUUUGGACUGGCUUCGUUCUCCAUCAAGAUCCUGUCGGACAACAUCGAGAAAAUUUUGCCGUCGUACUGGAAAAACCAAACAAUUGUUCACUGGGAUCCACAUUCGCCGAUUGAAGUUGACCAGCUGUGGUUAUACCGCUUCUGGCAAGUAGUACAUUUUGAGCGCCGCUCUCUUGGGUAUUUUGCGAACUGGCCGUUGAUUCCGGUAAAAGGUUCACGGUUGAUUUCUUGCAGCAAGAUGGAUAUGGCUGUUUGUGUAUGGGAUGGCUCUGCGGAUAGCGAAAUAUCUGCAGUACUUGCUGAGGCGUUUCAGGCUUCAGCUUUGCAGCAAGAAAAGAAGAUGGCUGACAUCAAAGCUGAACACGAACGAUUCAUGGAGUUAAGCUCUGCAAAAUUCAAAACGGACGGCGAACUAGAUGAAAAUGGUAGCUCGGAUGAAGAAGAAAGUGGUGAAGAAAAUGAGGAUCCGGACAAGAAACAAAUUGCAAAUGAUAAUGAAAUGGCAUCAGUUUCUGAUGAGAGCGCAUUCAUUGGAGCAAAACGUUUGCUCCAAACGGAUGAUACUGCACCACUUCCAGCACAAGAUGGAGAAAGUCUGGGCGGGGUGUCAAAUAACGAUGAAGGUGUUCCAUUGCCACCCGAUCCAAUAUUCUUGCAAGAGACCGUCAGCAUUGAUGACGAAACAAACGCCGCUGAUGUCGAAAGUGGUGGAAGUAGUGAAGGUUUUACAGUUCCCGUGUAUCCAGUGGAGGAUGAAUCACACGAGUUCUGUAGCCGGAACACGCUUCAUAAAGUCCUCAUGGAUCUGAAUGUGGCAAUGAUGGAACUCGCUUAUUUGGGCCAAGAGCGUGACAUUAUUCCAAGUAGUGCAGACGUGGGUUUGGUCGUUCUUGACGGAAUCUUUGCAUCCGUUUGGGAGAAUUUGCGCUGGAAGGAAUUUAGCCAAGCGAAUGCGGUGUUACUUGCCGAGUUCUUCAGUCACAAUGGCAACGCUUAUGGUGGAUACAAUCGUGUUCAGCUUGGAAAGCUGAAACAGCUGCCAAUUUUCGUGAAUGUUCGCAAUACACUCUGUGCACUUAGUGAUGGACUAGAUUUCUUCUUGAUCCCGCCAGAUUUGAACCUGACAGACAUUCCAUUGCCUGCGGAUGCACAGCAAUGCUUUCUCAAGAGUAAUCCACGCUUAAACGCGUUUUACCAGGAUCUUGGUGUGGAAGAAAUGAGCGAUAGCAAGCUAUUAAUCUACGUACUACCCAUGUACAGUGAGCUGCUGGAAUCCCAGCGCAACCAGUUACUGCAAAUUAUUUUGCGGAAGUGGCAAUCAUUACGUGGCAACGCGGAACUAAUCGCCUUACUCCGGACAUCGGCCUUAUUUCACGAUAGUGAGAGCAAUGAUGCAAGUCGUCGUCCAGCAAGUUCUUUCUGCGAUCCACGAAACAGUGUCCUCGCCACACUCUAUGAAGGCGUUGGUGGACGAUUCCCAGCUCAAUGCUACAGGACGCCCGAGUGGCUGGAUCUCAUGGGUGAGAUCGGGCUUCAAACCGAAGUUACUGCCGAUAUCUUUGUAGAGUGUGCACAACGCAUCGAUGGACAGUGCUCGGCUAAACAAUCGUUGUCAAGCAAAGACGAGCAUCUCACGACAACACUGCACCAGUUCUUUGUCCAGAAUUUUGACAAGUUUGAUCGAUCACGGUCAUUUUUUGAGCGGAUUACACCGCUAGCUUUCGUUCCUGCCGUCGUAUAUGAUACCCCCGGCAUUGUAGAAUCGACGCAGAGUGCAAGCAACUCUCCAGGACAGUUCAAAUCGCGCCGUGUUGUGCGCAAGUACUCUGAGUGUGCUACUUCAGAUGACCAGGCGCUGGUGUAUUCUACGAUGCCGAUUUUAGCAAGCGUAGCACAACCACCACGCGUUCUUUAUAGUCGCUUAGGCAUCAAGGCUCCACCUCAUCACACUCAGGUCGUUGCCCACUUGUUGUCCAUUACGAACAGCAAUCGAGCCUUGUCGUCACGGUCACUAGAUUGGCAGUUCUUUUUGCCAAUGGUCGAAGUGUUCCAAGCAAUUUUCAAGUAUUUGCAGGAGAACUGGCAGGAGUUGGGAGCGGAGACACAACAGCGUCUUAUCGCUUCGGCAGUCAUCCCGGUUGGUUCUACUCUGGUGAAGGGAUCUUGUCUGUUCUUUCACUUAGGCGAGAAUUUGGCUCCACUGAUGUUUGAAGUGCCUCGGGUAUUCGGCGCGUACGAUACGCUGUUUCGUAACAUGGGAUCUAAAGAAUCUCCGGAAGUUGGCGACUAUAUCCGACUGCUGCACGAUCUGAAUAACGAAUGCUGUGGUCAUCCGUUGAACUUGAAUGAACUGAUUGCAGCUUGUCGUUCCAUCGAUCUUCUCGUUGCUGCCAUAAAUGAGUCCAAUCAUCGUCUCUCUUUGGAGGAGAAAAACAGUAUUUUCCUUCCGUCGGAGAAGGCAGUCAUGCAAUCGAUGCUGGUGAUGGCUUACAACGACUCGGCAGCGCUUUGCUCACGGAUUGACCUCAUGGAAUUACACGUGGUCCACCCUCGUAUUAGCACGAUGUGCUGCAAAAUGCUGGAAGUACCUGGAAUUACUAGCGUUGUGACGGAAGAGCUAGAUGAUGGCGAAAAUCCAAUGGAGAUACUGGUUGGCGACGAUAUUGCACACUUUACCAGUAUAUUGGCUUCGCAGCCGUUUGCUGACGGUUUGCGUAAAGUCAUCACGGCUCAGCAACAGAAGUCGUCAUUGUAUGAUGCAUUCGGAUUCAUACCCGACUUUGAAGACAUCAAUCAGCGGAUCAUGAGUUUGGCAGCAUACGAAGUGAAGUGCGUGGCGCACCUGCACUCACGCUUCAUUGCAAAGCUAGAUUGUCCAGCUCGUAAAAUUGAUGUAACCAAGACCACGCACCAAGGCAGUUUGUCGUUUUUGGAUCAGAGAAGGAGGCAAAUUUACAUCGCAAAGUGCACGCUCGAGGAGCGCUCUGAGAUGGGAAUGCGCGCGAGCCAGUUGGUGGCAAGAUGCAUUAAUCAGCUGCUCGGUGAUGUCCUGCAGGACUGCUCCGUGUUAGAGUCCAUCUUGACUUGCGACGAAGUGGAGAUUCCUAAUGUACUGCAACGACUUGAUAUUUACGAAGACCAUGUCUUGAUCAUGGAGAAACUUCGAGGAGUACUGGGUCAACCUUUGUGUGAGACAGACUGUGCUAACGUGGAGCUGGCUCCGUUGCGCUCUUGUCAACCUGGAGAACUUGUUGCGGUAGAGAACGAAAGCGGAACCCUGUGUUACAGCAAAAUUCUACGGGAAGCGUCCAGUGACGUUGCAGGUGUUAGUCGAUAUGAAGUGAAAGUGAACAGCUUGUCAACUCGAUGGAUGUUGGCCACCCACUUGUACUUCUUCCGAUCCGCUCGCGUGGGCACCAGCAGUCGCCACAAUGCUGUGACUACCGGGUCGUCCAGAGAGCAAGCAGAAGACAUUGCCGAGGUCACCACAUUGACAUCGUCAGUUGUAGCACUGACUCCUGAAGCUCACGGAAAUGAGGUUGCAUCUCGUGUCAAAGCUCCAGCCUUGAUGGUCUCCUCUACAAAUGUCUUGUCUGCUGUCAACGACCUCCUAUCUCGCCUGAACGUGACGCUGGAUACAAGUGUGGAAGACCUCUUGGCCGAGAAUCUACGAUUACGACAUCAUUUGGACGUAAUGGAAGCUAGUCACCGUGCAGCUGCAACGCAGAUUGACACGGUAAUGCGUGAGAAGAAGGAAGUGCAGGACUCACUCGUGUGCGCCGUGUGUCUGGAAAAUCAGGUGAACCGCGUGCUUAUCCCGUGUGGCCAUAUUUAUUGUGCAUCCUGCGUGGAGCUACUACCACGCCCCUCGUGUCCCGUAUGUCGCGAACAUAUUAUUUCUAGCUCUGUCUUCCAUGUGCCGUCGUAA